CACAUGAUUCAUAUUUGGAUAUUACUACUUAUUGGAUUAACAAAGAAUUUAAAAUUUGUAACAUGGUUUUAAAUGUUGGAGAAAUGCCAUAUCCACAUACUAGUGUUGAAAUUGCUUGUCAUGUUUCAAAA